AUGAGGCUGGAAAACCAGAGCAGCGUGCCUGAGUUCCUCCUCCUGGGGCUCCCCAACCAGCCAGAGCAGAAGGGCAUGUUCUUUGCCCUGUUCCUAGGCAUGUACCUGACCACGGUGCUGGGGAACCUGCUCAUCGUCCUGCUCAUCAGGCUGGACUCUCGUCUCCACACCCCCAUGUACUUCUUCCUCAGCCACUUGGCCCUCACGGACAUCUCCUUUUCAUCUGUCACAGUCCCCAAGAUGCUGAUAAACAUGCAUACUUGGGAUCAAUCCAUCCCCUAUGCAGGGUGUGUAACACAGAUGUAUUUUUUUGUAUUUUUUGUCUGUAUUGAUAAUCUCCUUCUUGGAGUGAUGGUGUAUGACAGGUAUGUGGCCAUCUGCCAUCCUCUAUACUACACUACCAUCAUGCAAGAAAACCUGUGUAUCUCACUAGUGGCUGUGUCUUGGUUAUUCUCGUGUAGCAGUGCAACGUCCCACACCCCCAGCCUGGCCCGCAGCAUGAGGAGGGAGAACCAGAGCAGCAUGUCUGAGUUCCUCCUCCUGGGACUCCCCAUCCGGCCAGAGCAGCAGGGCGUGUUCUUCGCCCUAUUCCUGGGCAUGUACCUGACCACGGUGCUGGGGAACCUGCUCAUCGUCCUGCUCAUCAGGCUGGACUCUCGCCUCCACACCGCCAUGUACUUCUUCCUCAGCCACUUGGCCUUCACCGAUGUUUCUUUCUCAUCUGUCACCGUCCCUAAGAUGCUGAUAAACAUGCAUACUCAGGACAAAUCCAUCCCCUAUGCAGGGUGUGUAACACAGAUGUAUUUUUUCAUAUUUUUUGGCUGCAUUGAUAACCUUCUUCUUGCAGUGAUGGCAUAUGACAGGUACGUGGCCAUUUGUCACCCUUUACAGUAUACCACCAUCAUGAGGGAGGAGCUGUGUAUAUUUCUGUUGGCUGGAUCCUGGUUCCUCUCCUGUGCAAGUGCCCUGUCCCACACCAUCCUCCUGGCUAAACUGUCCUUCUGUGCUGACCACACCAUCCCCCACUUCUUCUGUGACCUUGCUGCCCUGCUUAAACUCUCCUGCUCAGACACCUCCCUCAAUGAGAUUUUUAUCUUCACUGUUGGGGGAUUGGUCAUUAUCCUGUCAUUUAUUGGUGUUCUAGUGUCUUAUGGCUGCAUUGGGACCACCAUCCUGAGGUUUCCCUCAAUCAAGGGGAUAUAUAAAGCCUUGUCCACCUGUGGAUCCCACCUCUCUGUGGUAUUUCUAUUCUAUGGAACAAUUAUGGUUCUGUACUUUUUCCCAUAAAGGAACUCCAAUGACAAAGACAUAAUUGCUUCAGUGAUGUACACAGUGGUCACUCCCAUGCUGAACCCCUUCAUCUAUAGCCUGAGGAACAGAGAUAUGAAAGGGGCCUUGAAAAAAGUAUUAACGAAAAUGUUAAUGAGAAUAUAG